CUUUGUGGGCGGGGCGUCGGCUCCUUGUCAUACGCCGGUCCGUGUGAAAACGGGGGUUCCGAGUGCAAAGCAAAGUUUUUUUGUAAACCGUCUGCAAAGCCUUGGGGGGGAGAAGCAGGCGCCCGGCACCGGGCCGAGUGCAGCUGCCGUGGCUGCCGCCGCCGCCUUUUCAGCCUCCCCGGCGUCGGCUUCUCGAUCGGAGCCCACCGCGGAGGCGCCCAGCGGCGGGAAGACCUGCGCGGAAAGCCACUUCAGAUGCUCGGAGCCUUCGCAGCAGCGCGGACCUGCCUCCCGUCGCCCGCCCCCGCCUCCCACCGGCUCUCGCUUCGGGUCGGGCUCACGGUCCCCGGGCUCCGGGCACCCCGGCUCCUCCGCGCCGCCGCUCCCCUGCAGGUGUGGGGCUGCUGGGGCUGAGCGGGGCCUCCGCCUCGGCUCCGAGGACCGACUCCCGCGGAGCUGCACGCUUGCCGGCCCGCCAGGGACGCCCACCGGCGCGGCGGCGGCUCACCGCUCACCCCCCUUCCCAUCCCGGAGGCUCCUGAGCGGCGGCCCCAGCGGCCCGGCCCGCCGGCUCGGACCGAGAGGAUCCCGCGCCGCUCUCCUCCUUCCUUCCGUCACCGGCUCCUAGACCGGCCCUCGGCGCCUCCGCAGCCACCGCCUCCCCAGGGUCCGGCCGCCCGCGCUCGGCGGGGCCCCGAGGAGCCGCAGCCAUGGGGUGCUGGAGCCGCAACCGGGGCCGGCUGCUGUGCAUGCUGCUGCUGACCUUCCUGUUCAUGGUGCUGGAGAUGGUGGUGAGCCGCGUGACGGCGUCGCUGGCCAUGCUGUCCGACUCCUUCCACAUGCUGUCGGACGUGCUGGCGCUCGUGGUGGCGCUGGUGGCCGAGCGCUUCGCGCAGCGCACCCACGCCACCCAGAAGAACACGUUCGGCUGGAUCCGGGCCGAGGUGAUGGGGGCCCUGGUGAACGCCAUCUUCCUCACGGGCCUCUGCUUCGCCAUCCUGCUGGAGGCCAUCGAGCGCUUCAUCGAGCCGCACGAGAUGCAGCAGCCGCUGGUGGUCCUGGCGGUCGGCGUGGCGGGGCUGGUGGUGAACGUGCUGGGGCUGUGCCUCUUCCACCACCACAGCGGCUUCGGCAAGGGCCACUCGCACGGGGGCCACGGCCACGCCAAGGGGGGCGCCCGCGGCGGCGACCACAGGAGCCCCGGCGGCGGCCGGAGGAGACCCGACCAGGAGGAGACCAACACCUUGGUGGCCGGCAGCAACGCCAACGGGCUCAAGCUGGGCGGGGCAGAUCCAGAGAAGUCCAGAACUAAUGCGACAGAUGUACAAGUGAAUGGGAAUGUUAUCAGAGAAGCUGACAAUACGGAUUUGGAAGAUGAAGCUGAUGAUGCUCAAAAGGCUGGACAACUUAACAUGCGUGGAGUUUUUCUGCAUGUCUUUGGAGAUGCUUUGGGUUCCGUGAUUGUAGUAGUGAAUGCCUUGGUCUUUUACUUUUAUUGGCAAGCGUGCCCUGAAGGGAAGUUCUGUGUUAACCCGUGUAUCGCUGACCCCUGCAAAGCGCUUGUAGAAGUAAUCAAUAAUACUCAAGGAACAGUUUUUGAGGCUGGUCCUUGCUGGGUGCUAUAUUUAGAUCCAACUCUUUGUAUUUUAAUGGUUUGUAUACUUCUUUACACAACGUAUCCAUUACUUAAGGAAUCUGCUCUUAUUCUUCUACAAACUGUUCCUAAACAAAUUGAUAUAAAAAAUUUGAUAAAAGAACUUCGAAAUGUUGAAGGAGUUGAGGAAGUUCAUGAAUUGCAUGUUUGGCAACUUGCUGGAAGCAGAAUCAUUGCCACUGCUCACAUAAAAUGUGAAGAUCCAACAUCAUACAUGCAGGUGGCUAAAACCAUUAAAGAUGUUUUUCAUAAUCACGGAAUUCACGCAACUACCAUUCAGCCCGAAUUUGCUAGUGUAGGCUCUAAAUCAAGUGUAGUCCUAUGUGAACUUGCCUGCAGAACUCAGUGUGCUUUGAAGCAGUGUUGUGGGACACGGCCACAAGCCUAUUCUGAAAAGGAUACAGAAAAGGCCCCAGCAGUUAGUGUUUCUUGUUUAGAACUUAGUGAAAAUCUAGAGAAAUCCAGGACUCAAGCUGAAAACAUACCUGCUGUUGUGAUAGACAUUAAAAAGAUGCCAAACAAACAACCUGAAUCAUCUUUGUGAGUCUUGAAAAAGAUGUGAUAUUUGACUUUGGCUUUAAACUGCAAGAGGGAAAAGACUCCACUGAAAUUCUAAGUUUGCCAAGUAGUGUAAUUGAAGUCUUUGCCUGGUCACACAGUUUAAUUCUAUUUUUGUAAGAACAUAAUGGGACUGCUUAACAGACUUCUGUAUUACAAUUUGUGAUUCUCAGUGCAGAGUACAGCUAUGCUGUAACAAUUUUUGAAAAGCCAGUUUUAACACUAUGUUACAUUUUGUUUAAAGUAAGUAAAAACCUUAUAUAACAUAAUGACAUUUGAUUUCCAGUUUUGCCAUGGGGAAAAUUAAUUAGGGGGAUAAAUAAAUUAAAAUUGUUACUGGAAUUUCUCUGCUUUUCUUUUCCCCCCAGUGUUAUAUUUUGUUUAUUAAAAUUAUAAUUGCUAGAACUUAAAAUAUCACCAACAACUUUGUUUCCUUUGAUACUUUAAUAUUUACUUGCUCUUUAAGAUCAUUAUAUAGCAUAGUGGCAGCAUAUUUUAAGAGUGACUGAUGGAUAUUAUUAGGAAAAGUUUUUUUUUCUUCUUCACUUGGGGUAUUUAUCAUACUAAAGGUUAGUUAUUAUCCUGUGUUCUAUAUUGCUGAGUAUUGCUCUAAUAAACAGUGAGAUAUAAUUAACAUAUUGAACUAUAGUUUACACAUAAUAGGGCAUAUGGGGAGUAAGAGCAGGGAAGAAAGUUUACCAAAUUAAAUAUUUAGAUUAUUGUAAAUUGAUAUUGAGACUACAUUCUAAAUCCUGAGAAUUGGAACAUGUUUUUUCUUACCAAAGUUAGUCUACAACACAGAUGUGUUCACCAGCAUUACCUGCUUUGAAAGAUUGGCAUCAGAAGCACAUAUAUUCAGUAAAUGUUUUUAAGGACAUUAAACUCAAAUCUAAUAGUUACAAGUUAAAUGCAAGCUUACUAAUAGAAUCUUUAAGUUAAAAAAAAAAGACUUUCCGGAGUUAAAGUCAUUUCAUAGUGACCAAUCAUGAAUGGAUUCAAGUGCAGCUUUUCAAACACCACCAGCAAUCCUUGUUGUUGUUUUUUUGCCAAAAGCCACUGAUUUGGGAGAACAAAGAAAUCUGAAAUGCAGUUUGGAUAUUAAAUUCUUCAAAAGCAAUAUGAGUUCAGGCAAAAUCAGUCAUUAAGAUUCUGUAAGUUUUCCCGUCUUGACAAUGCUCAGAUCUCCCAAUGAUGGCUUAUUUUGGGAGAGACCACAAUAUCUACACAGGAAAAUGUUCUUGGUUAUUUUAUUGUUGCUAUUUACACAAAUGUUAUUUUAAGGGUAUUUAAGUGGUAUUUUUCUUGAUAGAGAGGGAUUAUGGUUUGUGAAGAAACUAGAUUUUUUGUCCUCAAAAGGGUGGAUAUUAAUAUCAGUUAUCAUGUAUAGUUCUAUUUUUCUAGCAACAAGGUAUCCUGACUAUUUCUUGUGACUUUUAUAGAUGACUACUUUUAAGAUGGCUACCUUUUGGGCUUUGAAAUAAUUCAUUGUUUAAUGCUUCUUAAGAUGAACAUGCUGGCCUUUGACUGACAGAUAACUUUUUAAAGGGAUGAUCUUCUGUGGUAGACGGUGUGGGGUUUUUUCUAGCAUAAGCCUGUUGCUGGCAAUGGGCCUAUUUAAGAACAGCUGAUUUUUCCAAUGAGAGAGAGGUAAUUUUAGGAACACAGUUUGUAAGUCCACAUUUACUCUAAUGAGCUAAAACCAUAACCUGCCAAUUUUCAAUACAUCUGGACAUUUUAAUACUCUUAUCUGAUAGUGUGGAAUUAGAUUCCUAAAUUGGUAGUUACUUUGAACUUUACAAUUUCUUUUUAAACAUGAACUUGGGGAAUUCCCUCGUUGAAGAGAGAGAGCUUCAAAUUGUACUGCAUCAUGUUUGUUCCUGAUGUAACACUUUUAAUCUACAAAACAUUAAAAAUCUCAAAAACAGUUUUUUAUAGAGACAUUUCAGUAAUGAUACAGUAGGAUAACUGGUAAAAUAUAUUCCAUGCAACGAAGUUUUCUUUACAAAUGUUCUGUUGGGUCUCUUGUUUUAAAGGUGGUAUAACGUGUAAGACAUCAGCCGACUGAGGGUUUUUGGUUUUUUAAUGAUGUAUAAGCUUGGGGCAAGGGCUUUCCCCACCUCCACGUACUUUGAAGGUAACAAACUCCAGGUUUCAGUUAUUUCGCUUUUCAUCAUUUCUAAGGAGCUUGUAUGUAGCAAAGUGGUACCAUAGGAAGAUUCUCUUUUUUUUCAAAGGACUUUGUCAUAUUAGCAAAGUCAGUGAGCAUGGACUCACCUUUCGAGUUUUGGCAGAGAAUUAUUUAUUUCUUUACAAUGCACUUUCUAACCCAUCUUUAGCUAUAUUAGCAUCUUUUU